CCUCACAGUUACCAACCAGUAGCUGACUGAAACCAACCCACUGAAAGAUCUACCCACUGAGAACCAUGCUGGAUUGCAGUAAAAACUGGCACACUUUUUUGGUUGUGCUGCUUGCACUUUUUGGAUGCAUCACCGCUGCACCUGGUAACUAUCGUCGACCUACCAAAGUUGGUCUCGUGUGCUGUGAGGCAGUCUCCAAAGCAGUUAUACCACCUUCUAUAAAGCUCACUGCAUACAAGCGCCAGAAUGCCCUGAAACCUUGUGUGGAAGCUGUCAUAUUUUUCUCAGAGAAUGAAAAAUAUUGCUCUGACCCUGCUGCACGCUGGAUCCCAAAGAAAAUGAAAGGUUUGACAGAGAUCAAGGAAUGAAAAUGCCAGACAAAUCGUUUGCAGCCACCUUCCUUUUUGCCUGCAAUAUUUUUUACAUACAUUAAAAGCAAAAAAUAAAAAUUAAAAAAAAAAAUAAUAAUAUUAAUAAAUAAAUAUGUUGCAUUACUUCAAACAGUUUUACAUACAAUGCAAGGUAGAAUGUAGACCGUUUUGCAUGACUUAAUGUACACCUACGUAGUGCUAGGAACCAUUAUGCUCCAAGGUCAGGUUUUACUAUGACUGUAAGCUUUGCUGUAACCCUUUGUAUCGCUUUAUUUUAAUGUGCUUCCACCAGUUUAAUAUAGUCGACAGUUUAAAUACUGUGAACUCUUAAAGCUACUUGAUUAAUGAAAAUAAUGAUGCAUAGUAGUACGGUUCACCUUUAAAAUUUCAUAGUUUUUGAAAAAGGACAUAUGUGCUUACUUUAAUACAAGUGUACUGAAUUCUUAGAAGCCUCAAGGCUUCUUUGUUGUUCCUCUAUGUAAACUCCUACAAAUGAGUGUUUUUCUAUCAGUAACGAUCCCAAGUAGAAUGCUACUUUCACACGUAAUCGAUCUUGCUUCAGUAAGUCCAGAGAGAGUUGACGAGUGUUUGCUUUACCUAGGUAGUAAGCAACACCUACUGAAACUGACGUAUAAUAUCUGUGUCAUAUAUUGCAAUAUUUGUAAUAUUUGCAGAAUAUUUUAUAAGCAAUGUCUGCAUUUUCACCAAUGAAACAGUCUACAUAAUAAAACACCAUUACCUUGCAAAAAAAAA